AUGGUUAUGCCCUCCUCGACUUGGAAAUUACGCCCUGGGCCAAUUGUUGCGUGGGAACGACCUCUUGGUACAACGGAAACUGCGUUUUACUUAGAUGCAAUCUUCUGCCGUACAGCAGAUACUUUGCAGCAAGCGGAAGUACAAUUGCAACCACUGUCGACAUCUCAAGACCUGCUUUGCCCAUCUAAUGUCGCGAAAGCAUGGUCUUACAUUAAACGCCAAUAUCCAUUGAUAGCUGCUGCAUACGAUGCUCACAGCGAUGAUUCGAUUUACUUUGUCGUCACAGAAGAAAGUCUACGCACCAUACGUCCUCGGGAAAUAAUAUUUCAAAAGGUUUCAUCCGCACAAGACGUUGAACGCAUCGCAGAAAGGAUAGUCGUGCAAGAUCAGCUUCUUUCUGAUAAAUUACUGGCAUGCCUUUUCAUCCUAGAGAGAACAGACCUUCCGGGUGUUUUCCACAUAUUUUUCCAUGUUGCCCAUUCUAUCGUCGAUGGAAUGGCCAACCUUACCCUCCUCAAAACCUUCCUGGAUUCACUUUGUCGUGAAACCCACCCGGAGGUUAACUUAGAACAUCGAUUACAACUUUCAGUAUCGUCAGAAAGUCUGGCACCCCACCUUAAAUACAAUGUGGCAAGGAGACGAUGGCGUAAAGCCAUUGCCAGUGUAAUGGCAGCUAGAAGGGCCUCAAAUCUCAAAGGCGGGCAUACCCUCCCCCGAAAAGUAUCACAAAUCACACCUUACACCCCACCUCUCUCAAAAACAUUAAGAACCACGUUGACUCCCGACAAAUCUAACCUCAUAAUUGACAACUGUCGUAAAAACGGUUUGACAUUCGGAAAUGCGUAUCCUGUCCUGGGGCAAAUUGCACUCACCCGAGUGUUAGUAAGGCGAUACCUACGCGGAGAAAUAGACGAAGAGGAAUGGCAGUUCAGAAUAAGAGAACCGAUGACCUCCGCUGGGCCUCUCAAUUUGCGACCUUUUUUGGACAAGGAUUGGUAUGAAGCUGGCGGGUCAUCCAACGUCUGCGUCUCAAUUGGCUUCUUUUAUUUUGCGCUUCCCACAAUGCCGCUCGGUACGACACGCCUGCGACCAGGAAUGAAUAUGCCUCAUUUUGGAGACCUUCUUUCGAAGAAAAGAUUUCUGUUCAGAUGCAAGCAAGUCAGGGAGCAAUCUAUAGAAAUUACGAAGCAUCCAUUAUUUUUGGAAUUUCAGGAAGUGGGUGCUCCUGCCAGGAUACAAAGGAACAAAAUUGCGGCUCGCCAAUGGCUUGGAGGAGGACCUCCGAAGACUCUCAGUAAUAAACCUAUGUCGCCAAUGGAACAGGCUACAGCCGGAUUGGUUUUCUGCAAUGGAGGUUCUAGUAUGGGAAAUACCGACAAACUACUUCCAAGAACGUAUCCAUUAAGCCCACAAGACGGCAAAGAGGAACCUUUAAUAUCUUUGAAGUCGUCUACAACGAGAUUGCGAUGCCGACCCACAGAACUUUACCUUGGUGCAUCAACUUCACAUGAUCAUUUGACCUUAACCGUUUAUUGGGACAAUAAUGUCUAUGAAGAAGAUAUCGUAACAGAAUGGUUGAACGAAGUCAAGUUGGCGGCUGAAUUUUAUUUGGGCUCCGAUCAGACUAUUCAUUCAAAGCUGUAA